AUGUUUGUGAAAUGGUUUGAUACAAUAAUGUUUUUACUAUGUGAUGUUAGUGAUUUUAGUGAAUGUCACUUUUUGUCAUUUUCAAAUUUCCCGUCGUUCCGUCCCCCAUACGUCCCGGCGCUCGCAGGGGACGAAACCCAGAUGACAGAUGCCAGCAUCCGCCGGAUUACAUUGCCGGGGACACUGCAGGAGGGACAUCGUGGGAGCGCAGGACAAGGUAAGUGAUCGAAGGAUUACGGAGCGGUGCCGCAUGGUAAGCCUGAGUGUAGCUCCAGGUUACCGCUUGUGCUACACUCGGGAAUACCGCCAAGGAGGUUAAAAUAA